CCAGUGAUUUGAGGCGGAGGGAAAGUUCAAACCUGUAGCAGCAGGAAACAAAAAACGGUAUAAGAUAACCACAACAAGUUCCAGGUUACGAUGAUCAGACAAAAGGGUAAGACACCCCGCAGGCCUCCAAAAACACCCUCCAGCAACCAGAAAGACCCAGUUGGGGUGUACUGUCGUGUACGUCCUCUGGAUUUGGGAGAUGAGGAAUGCUGUAUUGAGGUGAUCAGCGAUACUACCAUCCAACUACACUGGCCUGAAGGCUUCAAAGUAAACCGUAAUGGAGAAUACAAAGAGACACAGUAUUCCUUCCAAAAAGUCUUUGGGGUUUCAUUAUCCCAGAUGGAGCUGUUUGAGAAUGUGGCCAAACCUCUUGUUGAUGACCUUAUCCAUGGAAAAAAUGGUCUGCUCUUUACUUACGGUGUGACGGGAAGUGGAAAGACCUUUACCAUGACUGGCUCUCCAGGCCAGGGUGGACUUCUACCUCACUCACUCAGCAUGAUCUUCAACAGUAUACAGCCCUACCAGGCCCAAAGAUAUAUCUUUAAGACAGAUGAAAAAAAUGGUAUAGAGAUCCAAAAUGAAGUUGAAGCUUUGUUGGAACGUCAAAGGCGAGAAAACAACAUGCUGGCUCCUAAAUCGGCCUCCUCAAGACAAAAGCUUGAUCCUGAAAUUGCCGACAUGAUCAAACCGGAGGAGGCUUAUAAAGCAGAUGGUGUGGAUGAGGACAGCAGCUACAGUGUCUUUGUCUCCUACAUAGAAAUCUACAACAACUACAUAUAUGAUCUCCUGGAGGAAGCUCCGGAAGAUGUAAUCAGACCAAAGUGGAAUGGUGGAGGCACACCCGUGCGCCAGAACACUGAGUUCAUACCACCUCAGUCUAAAAUCCUCCGAGAAGAUCAGAACCACAACAUGUACGUGGCUGGCUGCAUGGAGAUUGAAGUCAAGUCUGCCGAGGAGGCUUUUCAAGUAUUCUGGAGAGGUCAGAAGAAGAGGAAAGUUGCCAACACACGUCUGAACAGGGAGUCUAGCCGCUCCCACAGUGUGUUUAUUGUUAAACUGGCUCAGGCUCCUCUUGAUGCAGAAGGUGACAACAUUCUCCAGGAUAAGAACCAGGUGACUGUCAGUCAGCUGUGCCUGGUCGACUUGGCAGGAAGUGAGCGCACUGGUAGGACGGGGGCAGAAGGCACUCGUAUACGUGAAGCAGGAAACAUUAAUCAGUCUUUGCUGAAUCUGCGGACGUGCAUUGAAGUACUGCGAGAGAACCAGAUGUGUGGCACAAACAAGAUGGUUCCUUACAGAGACUCUAAAAUAACCCACCUGUUCAAGAACUACUUUGAUGGCGAGGGAAAAGUCAGAAUGGUUGUUUGUGUUAAUCCCAAAGCCGACGACUAUGAUGAAACCUUGCUUGUGAUGCGGUUUGCAGAGAUGACUCAGGAGGUGGAAGUAGCUCGGCCGAUGGACAAGCCCAUCUAUGGUUUCACUCCAGGCCGUCGGAACAGAAACCAGGCCUUCAAAGAGGAACUGUCUCGCAGACUGGAGGAGCGAGGUGGUCCGAUCGACAGGGACUUGCCCUCUGUUAUAAACCACCUGGUGCACAGCCUCCCUCCUAUCCCUUCCUCUGAACUGGUCGACCCUCAUGAUGACAUCACCCUGCCGCGGCUGAUUGAAGCUCUGCAGAACAGACACAGGAUGAGGCAGAUGAUGAUUGAUGAGUACAAUAAAGCAGCCAACACGAUGAAUUCAAUGCUUCAGAGAGUGGAUGGCAACCUCAUUUCCAAAGAAGAUUUUAUUCAUGAACAAAAUGGCAAACUGGCAGAGAAAGAGAAAAUUAUCCACAACAACAAGGCAGAGAUUGACCGCUUGGAGAAGAGAACCAAAAUGCAGGAACACAAGAUUGAAAUCCUUCAGAAAACGACUAAAAUCUAUGAGGACGACAAGCGCUCACUGAAGCAGGAGCUGGAAACCAGAGAGCAGAGGCUGCAUCGAGAGCUUUCAGAGAAGCGGCGCAUGGAGCAGCGUAUGAACGGUGCCGUGUCAGACACGCAGCACAAGUGGGAGAAAGAAUGUGUGAGACGUGUAAAUGCGAUGCAGCUGGAGAUGCAGAACAAGCUCUGGGUGAAAGACGAGAAGCUGAAGCAGCUCAAGGCAAUCGUGGCGGAGAACAAGACACCGGGUGGUCCUGAUCCUCCUCCACGUCUGGUGCAGCAGCAUCCUCAGCGACCUUCCAGAGAGGAGCGCCUUCCUGCAAAGAGAUCUGCUUCGCCUUCACCUCUCCCUACGACGACACCAGUACGUCCGUUGCAUCGCCGCUCCCGGUCUGCAGGUGGGGAGAAGUGGGUGGACCAUAAGCCCACCUCCAGCCUGGACUUGGGUACAGUUUUGCAGCCCGUCAUCCCUAAUGCCAUCCAGGUGUCUGCCCCCAGCGAGAAGGCCUUGUCAAAGUGCGAUAGAUAUGUGUUAACGCAUCAAGAGGUUGCCUCUGAUGGCGAGAUACAGACUCAACUUAUUAAGGGAGAGGUGAUAAAAACCAGGGGAGGAGGACAAGCUGUCCAUUUCACUGACAUUGAGACGCUGAAACAGGAGGUCACCACAGUCCCACGUCGUAAGAGAAGAUCUGCAGAAGGAGCGCCAGCCAGUGGUGAUCAAUCAGAUGGAGCUUGGACUGAUGUGGAGACAAGGUGCUCUGUGGGAGUGGAGAUGAGAGCCGGAUCAAACAUGGGCCCUAGUUUUGAGCAUCAUGCGAUCACCAAGCGCAGGAAGCCCUAAAAGCAGUCGACGACUUCUCCAGUGAUCACUAACCUCACCGCUAUCCUCGUGCAAUAGUCUAACUUUUUAUAUAUUUAGCUAUAGUGAUGGUAUUUAUCUUAUCAUGAUGUUUCUAUGCUUUUAUAUAUUCAUGUGUCACCAAAGCCAUUUUGUAAAAUAUUGUAUGUUAUAUUUGAACCAGGAACGGUAAACAAGUGCUACUUGAUUUAGUGAGGAAAGGUGGGAGCUGCGUCAGUGCUGCAGACCUGCAUCUGAAAGAGUCUUUGCACGUAAUUGUGUAACAGAGGCACAUUUGUUAUUUGGCACAUGUGUUGAAGCUGCAACCAAACACACUUUCUGUCUCAUGACUGUUGAACUGUAAUGACCUUCAGUUAUUUGUCAGUUUCUCUCUUUACAUAUAAAACUGAGCUCUCCUUUCUUCACUGUACAUCCAGGAAUAAAAUUCCUUUGAAGCACUG